CUAAGGUUAUAACGCAGUCACUGUUUGUCAGUUUCAAUUAGUAAAGUCCAGUUUGAUACCAACUAUGGAUGAGUUAUAUGUGCUACAUAUGAAAGUGAUCAGAGAAAAAACCUUGUUCUAACUCUGUUUUUAUUGACCUCCAUACAAAUCUGAUGAUUUUUUGUUGCAUAUGCAGCAUGAUUUUAGUCAUGAGAGCACUAGACCAGUCGGUUUGAAGAAGACUGGGCUUCCUUUUGCGUUGUUUUUCUAAAUUUUAAAUAGCUAAAAAAAAUUUGAGGACUAAUGGCGCAUGAUUCAAAACUUGGUCUAGGUAGUUUUUUUUUUUUUUUUUUUUUUUGACUUUUUUCCACUUAAAUAUAGAGCUUUUAUCCCCAGUAGGGAUUACACAUACCGACACACGUAGGCACACAACACGUUUAGUUUUCUGUUUCCAAUUCAAAGCAAGUGGGCAGCAUAAAUUUUUAUAUGCACUCAUAUUGGUGUUUACAACUAACUUCAAUUAUUGACAAAUUAAAGUGAGAAUGAAUAUUGCUUAACCAUGAUUAAGUAUUAAACAUUGUAUACACGAGUCAUAUGUCAUACAAAUUUCUGAUAGGAAGCAACCUCUUAUACAUACUGCUAAUGAUCUUAAAACUUAAAAAGGAGGAAGCUACGGUUUAGGAAGUUGUUUUUGAUGCUUGAAGGGUGGUACCUAGCUGUUGGUGGCCGUCGGUCAGUUGGUCAGUCCUACUAAGAAAAUUAAUCCAAACAGGUCAUCAUAAGUUACACAGUUGGGAGUUUAGUCCUUGCUAUUUCAUUUACCUUUUCAGUUUAGUCCUAGUUUGAACAAAUUCAGUUACAAUUUCAGAGUUUGAUAGGUGUCAAAGGGCAGAAGAAAUUUCAUCAUCAACACCACCUGUUGGUCUCCCGUUACUUCCGUGUUGCAGUAGCACCGCACCGCACCGCAACUCUUCCGGUUUUAUUUCCAUGUGCGGCUUCUCCACUCUUCAUCAUGAUCCCCUCUUCUUCUUCCUUCUCCUUCUAUGGCUUCCGAUUAUUCAUCCACUCCAAUCACUCUUAACGACGUUAAUCCUAAGGUUUUGAAAUGCAAAUAUGCUAUCCGAGGAGAAAUUCUCACCCAUGCUCAGAUCUUGUACUACAACAUCGGAAAUCCUGAUUCCCUAGGUCAGAAGCCUAUUACUUUCUUUAGGGAGGUCCUUGCAUUAUGUGACCAUCCACUUAUUGUGGACAGAAGUGAAACAAAAUCACUUUUCAGUGCGGAUUCUGUAGAACAAGCUAUCCAGAUCCUCGACCAAAUUCCUGUUAGAGCAACAGGUUCAUACAGCCACAGUCAGGAGACUAUAUCUUCUAUUGGCGUCAAAGGAUUACGUGAUAAAAUUGCUUCUGGUAUCGAAGCUCUUGAUGGCUUCCCUGGUGAUCCAAAUGAUAUUUUCUUGACUGAUGGUGCAAGCCCAGCAGUUCACAUGAUGAUGCAGUUGCUCAUCGGGUCAGAGAAUGAUGGAAUCCCAUGUCCCAUCCCCCAAUAUCCUCUUUAUUCUGUUUCAAUUACCCUCCACCGUGGCACUCAUAUUUCUUAUUAUCUUGAUGAAGAAUCAGGUUGGGCACUUGAAAUCUCAGAGUUUGAGAAUCAGUUGAAAACUGCAAGAUCCAGGGGUGUUAAUGUUAGGGCUUUGGUUGUGAUCAAUCCAGGCAACCCAACUGGGCGGGUUCUUGCUGAGGCCAACCAACGGGAAAUUGUGGAAUUCUGCAGGAAAGAAGGCCUUGUUCUUCUGGCUGAUGAAGUGUAUCAGGAAAAUGUUUAUGCACAUGACAAGCAGUUCCAUUCAUUUAAGAACAGAUCCCGCUCUAUGGGAUUUGGAGAAAAGGACAUCUCUUUAGUUUCUUUUCACUCUGCCUCAAAAGGAUACUAUGGCGAGUGUGGAAAGCGAGGAGGCUACAUGGAGUUCACUGGAUUUCGUCCUGAGAUAAGGGAACAGAUAUACAAAGUGGCAUCUGUCAAUCUCUGUUCCAACAUUUCCGGUCAGAUUCUUGCAAGUCUCAUCAUGAGCCCUCCAAAGGUGGGCGAUGAAUCAUACAAGUCUUUUUCUGCUGAGAAAGAAGCAAUACUCUCAUCCUUGGCAAGGCGUGCAAAGAUACUAGAAGAUGCAUUCAAUAGUUUGGAGGGUGUAACAUGCUAUAAAGCAGAAGGCGUGUUGUAUUCAUUUCCACGCAUCAACUUACCUGGCAAAGCAAUAAAAGCAGCAGAAGAAGCUAAAACUGCACCAGAUGCCUUUUAUGCUCGGCAUCUUCUUAAUGCCACUGGAAUUGUUGUUGUCCCAGGCUCUGAAUUUGGCCAGCGUCCUGGAACGUGGCAUUUUCGGUGCACAAUAUUACCGCAAGAAGAUAAGAUACCAGCUAUUGUAUCUCGUCUUACACAAUUCCAUAAGCAGUUCAUGGAUGAAUUUCGUGGCUAAGGAAUCUGGGGGUACAUUCUAUUAUAGAGAAUUUUGAAUAAGAACAUCUGGUAUGCUUGUUGUUUUAUUUUUCAUCUUCACCAAAAACAAAUCAAUACUUCAGUAGUGAAAAAAGAUGGGAUUGUUUGACACUGCAUAUUAAGGAUUGUUUAUCUUUUAAUCUCAUUUGUAUUUGACCUAUGUCUAUUUUUCUCCUUCUAGAUGAUCAUUAUGUGUAACUAAAUUCUCUGAUCUACCUAAGUAAGAUAUUCCUCCUUGGCUCCUUGAAUAUGUUUCAUAUGUAAAUCUUAGACGUGAAUAUAUAUGACUGAUUCAUUGGAGGGA